AUGCGUUUGAAUCCGCAAUUCAUUCUCGCAAGCCAAGUUUUUAACCCGCUCUGUUGCCAGCAAGAGGACGACACAAUGGCAAAGAUCUUCUUGACUGGAGCCACAGGCUACGUUGGCGGCAGUGUUCUGUCCCUACUCACCAAAUCGCACCCAGAAUAUGCCAUUAGAGCUCUGGUACGCGAUAGCACCAAGAGCAGACUCAUCACGGAUGCCUUUAAGGAUGUCAAAGUUGUCGAGGGAGAUCUUGACAGCGCCGAUAUUUUGACUAAGGAAGUGACUUCCGCUGAUGUUGUUAUCCAUUUGGCUUCGACCAGCCACCUGAAGAGCGUUGAGACCAUUCAUAAAGCACUUUCAUCUAAAACAGGCCAGAAGCCAUCACACUGGAUUCAAAUCUCCGGCGCCAGCGCCCUAGCCGCCGCAGAGCUCGCCGACAAGAACCGCGCCCCGGGCGACGGAAGCGACAUUGUAUUCAACGACCUCACCGGCAUCGCAGAUAUCCGCUCCGUCAUCCAGCGUCACCCCAGCCGCGCUGUCGACAACUACGUCCUCAAAGUCGCCGCCGACGAACCCAAGAUCAACGCGGCGCUGGUGUUCCCGCCUAUUAUCUACGGCAAGGGCCUUGGCCCAGGUAAUACCCGCAGCGUUCAGGUCCCUGCGCUGGCUAAGGCGACGCUGCAGCGCAAGCGCGGCGUCCAGGUCGGCAAGGGCCUGAGCCGCUGGGGCAACGUGCAUGUCCAAGACGUGAGCCAACUCUUCGUUAAGCUGGUUGAGAAGGCCGUUGAGGGCAAGGGAGAUGCUCAGGUUUGGAAUGAGAACGGCUUGUACCUGACGGGUGUCGCAGAACUUCCCUUUGGUGAGAUCUCUAAGCUUGUUGCUACCGCCGCGGCGAAGAAGGGACUCAUUCCAUCCGACGAUGUGGAGGUACUCGGUCCGGAGGAUGCGAACGCCGUUCUGGCUCACGGAACAGUACUUUUUGGAACAAAUGCUCGCAGUGAGGCGGUACGAGGCAAGGAAUUGCUCAGUUGGGCGCCGACCGGCGAGAGCUUGCAGGAUGAGAUCCCUAAAGCUGUCGACCGAGAAGUCGAGGCACUGCAAAGCAACCUUUGA